ACUCUCCUCUUUCAUUCUCACAUAUUCUCUGCACAAACAUGGCUUCUCACUCCCUCUGCAGCCUCUCCCUUGGCCUGCUGAUGCUCGCCGCCGCAGCACUGGCGGCGGCGCCCAAAAAAGCAGUGGAUGUCCCCUUCGGCAGAAACUACGUCCCCACUUGGGCUUUCGACCACAUCAAAUACCUCAAUGGCGGCUCUGAGAUCCAGCUUCUUCUUGACAACCAAACUGGUACUGGAUUCCAAUCUAAGGGUUCAUAUCUAUUUGGACACUUUAGUAUGCAUUUGAAGCUGGUUGGUGGGGAUUCUGCUGGAACUGUUACUGCUUUUUAUCUAUCUUCCCAAAACUCAGAGCACGAUGAGAUAGACUUUGAAUUCUUGGGAAAUAGAACUGGACAGCCAUACAUCUUGCAAACAAAUGUAUACACUGGUGGAAAAGGGGACAAAGAACAAAGAAUCUAUCUUUGGUUUGAUCCAACCAAAGAAUUCCACUCCUACUCUAUCUUGUGGAAUCUCUACCAAAUUGUAUUUUUCGUAGACGAUAUCCCAAUCCGUGCGUUCAACCGACCGGACCCGAUACCCGACCCCGCCGCCCGAGUGCAAGAGGGACAGGGACAUAUGAUAUGGUCCAAUGCAAUGUGGUGUAGUGAUUGUUGA